CCUUAAAUUAACCAAAACAGUUUAAAGUUCCGACAAGAAACCUCGCCGGCCAAAACUGCUUCCCAUGGAACAUCCUCGUCCACUGUCGCUCGUCUUACCGCAUCCGGACAAACUUUCCGGUGCAUCACUAGGCUUUCUCGAUGGUAACUUCGAUGACCUAAGAGAUCUCCUCCUACGCGCUUCGAAUCUAACCUCUCAUCUAAAACACGACACUUCUCAUCUACACGACCGCCUUCUCCAUCUCCGUACGGAUCUGACCAAACACGCCGUCUCCUGGAUCUCCACCUCUCUCUCCGCUAAAAACUCUCUCGAUGAUCUCAGACUUAACCUCGAAAGCCUCAGUCUCGUUACAUCUCUCCCUCGGAGUAAGGAUGCUGUCAGAAAGCAAAGGGAACAUGAGUUACAGCAACUAGUUGAGGAGCUGUGUCGGAUUCAGAACAGGCGCAUAUAUCUCAUGACUGCCUUAAAGCUGGAAAGUCUGGUCGGAGAUCUUGAAGAUUCAGUGUUUCAUCCUAUGAGAGGAAGAAGUAUGCUUCAUGUUCCUGUAUUCAACCAUGCUAUUAAGACAAUGAAUGAGAUUGAACAAGUGCUUGGUGAUGUCACAAGGCAUCACUCGCAGUGGCGGCGCCUUGUUGAUACUGUCGAUGGCAGAGUAGAUAAAAGCUUGUCCAUUCUACGGCCACAGAUUAUCUCAGAGCACAGAACCCUUCUCUCAUCUCUUGGCUGGCCACCGAAACUAGCGUUAUCCAAAGAUGCGGGAGGAGAUAUCCCUAAUCCUCUAGUGCUGAUGCAAGGAGACCAAAAGGAAUCUUACUCCCAAAGCUUUCUUCUCCUCUGUGGUUUACAGCAACUCAACACCCUCAAGGAAAAACGGAAGAAGAAGCUUUGUAAAGAAAGUAAUGGCGCUGGACUCUGGGCGAUCGAUGAACUGGUGAUACCCGUUGCCUCUCGGAUGGAGUAUCACUUCGCGAAAUGGGAUCAAGAGCCUGAGUUUAUCUUUGCCCUUGUGUAUAAAGUCACAAGCGACUUUGCUGAUGGUGUUGACGAUCUCUUGCAGCCUUUGAUCGACAGAGCUAUGUUGGUUAGCUGUAGUGCUAAAGAGGCUUGGGUUUCAGCUAUGGUCCAGGUACUAUCUUGUUUCCUAGAGAAGAAAGUGUUUCCUCGGCUUGUAGAGAUGGUCAAGGAGAAGAAGCACUUGAAAUCUGAAGGUGUUGUUUCCUCGUGGUUCCAUCUUGUUGAUCAGAUGGUUACAUUUGAUAAACGGAUGCAAACGUUUGUGAGCUCAGACACUUGUCUUGCUUACGAAGGCUCGUUUUCUCAAGGUAUGUCAGUAAUGGGACUAUUUUGUAAGAGACCUGAGUGGCUCAAGACGUGGGGCAAGAUUGAGCUGAAGGAUGCUUAUAGAAAACUUAAAGAGGAUAUCAAGAAGGAGAAAGCUUGGGAGGGAACUAGGCUUGGUAAUGAAUCAAACUCACAGUCUGCGAAGUAUGUUCUGUCUACAAGAGAAGAUUAUAAAGCGCCGUUUGUAGCAGAGACUUUUCUUAGUAAGACUUGGACGUUGAUAGACCAUGGUCUAACUCUACCAACCAUUCUUCCGAGAAUCCAGUUUGUAAGAGCUACUGCCACCAAGUUUCUCUGGUAUGUAUUCAAAACCCUGUUGCUGGAGUUCAAGAAGACUGAUCUCUCUGACCAUAGCUCGUUUGAAGAUUCACUGAUACAAGCCUGUGGACCUAUUAAUACUGCUCGGUAUCUCGAAUCGAAACUACGGGAAUGGAGUGAUGAUUUGGUGUUUGUAGAGAUGUGGGCUGCUGAAACUAGUGCCAAUGUUGGUAGAGAAACUGAACUUUCCUGCAAUGGUUGCUUUUUUGGGGAAGAACUGAAGAGUCUUGUUGAGUUGGAAACAAACUGGCUUAUGGAGAUUAUAACUGUUUGUCUCCACCAGUUCGACAAUCUUUGCGGUGACCACUUCCACAACAAUGUGGAGCCAUGGGAGGAGGAGGAUGUCAUCACCGGCCUAACAGUGUCCCGAGGUGUUGCAGAAGCUUUGGACUGUUUAAGACGAGAACUCGCUGUUCUUCAGCUAAACAUGAACCGAAAAGACUUCAUGGACUUGUGGAGGAAUCUAGCGGAAGGGCUUGACCAUUAUGUUUCUUGUAAGUUUUUCGUAGGAGGAGAAGCUGUUUUGAUGAUGAGAAGGUUUGAAGUGGACGCAGAGGCACUUAUGAUGGUGUUUCAGCCUUACUGUGUUCGUCCUGCUGCAUUCUUCCCUCGCGCGAGAGAGAUUCUGAGGCUGUUGAGUAUGAAUGAGGAAGAGAAGGCACGACUUAGAGGAGCUUUAAGUCGAAAUGGAAGUAGUUGUUUGGGUUUGUUUGGUAUUUCUAACUUGUCUCCUCAACUUGUGGAACAGUUUUGUAGGUGUUACUAGUCAUGAGUGGCAUUAUGUAUUAUGAAUCCCAACAAAUAUAGUCUGGUCUGUUAAAAC